GAGCGUGGCUUCGCCGCGCCAGCCCUGCGCUGAGCUUCAGGACCUGUUUUAGAAGAAAUGUGGUGAAUAUCAACUUACUUUAGUUGCGGGGGGACAUUCUGGAUUUUAGAUAAUGGGCUGUGUGCAAUGCAAGGAUAAAGAAGCAACAAAACUGACAGACGAGAGGGAUGGCAGUUUAACUCAGAGUUCAGGAUAUCGCUAUGGCACAGAUCCCACUCCACAGCACUACCCUAGUUUCGGUGUGACUUCAAUUCCAAACUACAACAACUUCCAUGCAACAGGAGGCCAGGGACUGACUGUCUUUGGGGGUGUCAAUUCCUCUUCUCAUACUGGGACUUUGCGUACAAGAGGAGGAACAGGUGUAACUCUUUUUGUGGCGCUUUAUGACUAUGAAGCAAGAACAGAAGAUGACUUAAGUUUUCAGAAAGGAGAAAAAUUUCAGAUACUUAACAGCUCUGAAGGAGACUGGUGGGAGGCACGUUCCUUGACAACAGGAGAAACUGGUUACAUUCCCAGUAAUUAUGUGGCUCCAGUCGACUCCAUCCAAGCAGAGGAGUGGUACUUUGGCAAACUUGGCCGAAAAGAUGCUGAGAGACAGCUGUUGUCAUUUGGAAACCCACGAGGUACCUUCCUUAUCCGUGAAAGUGAAACCACCAAAGGUGCCUAUUCCCUGUCUAUUCGUGAUUGGGAUGAUAUGAAAGGAGACCAUGUCAAACAUUAUAAGAUUCGUAAACUUGACAGUGGCGGAUAUUAUAUCACAACUAGGGCACAGUUUGAAACUCUUCAGCAGCUAGUUCAGCAUUAUUCAGAGAAAGCUGAUGGUUUGUGUUUUAACUUAACUGUGAUUGCUUCGAAUCAUACUCCACAAACCGUCGGAUUGGCUAAAGAUGCAUGGGAAGUUGCACGUGAUUCAUUAUUUCUGGAACAGAAGCUUGGUCAGGGGUGUUUCGCUGAAGUGUGGCGUGGUACAUGGAACGGAAAUACUAAAGUGGCAAUAAAGACUCUGAAGCCUGGCACAAUGUCCCCAGAAUCCUUCCUAGAGGAAGCUCAGAUCAUGAAGAAGCUAAAGCAUGACAAGCUAGUCCAGCUUUAUGCUGUGGUGUCUGAAGAGCCCAUCUAUAUUGUCACCGAGUACAUGAAUAAAGGGAGUUUGCUAGACUUCUUAAAAGAUGGAGAAGGAAGAGCCUUAAAGUUACCGAAUUUAGUGGACAUGGCAGCACAGGUUGCUGGAGGGAUGGCGUACAUUGAGCGAAUGAAUUAUAUACACAGAGACCUGCGAUCUGCAAAUAUCCUGGUGGGGAAUGGCCUAAUAUGCAAGAUUGCUGACUUUGGAUUAGCAAGAUUGAUUGAAGACAACGAAUACACAGCGAGACAAGGUGCAAAGUUCCCCAUUAAAUGGACUGCGCCAGAAGCAGCAUUGUAUGGAAGGUUCACAAUAAAAUCAGACGUAUGGUCUUUUGGAAUAUUACUCACAGAGCUUGUAACAAAAGGGAGAGUGCCAUACCCAGGUAUGAAUAACCGUGAAGUCUUGGAACAGGUAGAACGUGGUUAUAGGAUGCCAUGUCCUCAGGACUGUCCCAGCUCCCUGCAUGAGCUUAUGAUCCACUGCUGGAAAAAAGACCCAGAAGAACGUCCAACUUUUGAAUAUUUGCAGGGUUUCCUUGAAGACUACUUUACUGCAACAGAACCCCAGUACCAGCCUGGUGACAACCUGUAA